GCCUGUGCAUCCUGCCCUACGCUGGGUCUUCUGUUAUUGACAUACUGUCAGCCGCUGUCAGUGCAGAACGUCGCCGAGACUGAAAAGCAAAGCAAACUGGAAAGGUAAUCAAUUCAAUAGCUAUAGGCAGUGCAUUUGCAGUUGUCCAUCGUACUACCGGGUUUUCGGCGGAAUCGUGUUAGCAAUACAGUGCUUCAGAUGUGAAGAAAGGGAAAAACGGAACCACUCUUAUUUCUUCGAUGGUUGCUAUCUUACGUACAAGGGCAGAACAAGUAGCACCAGCAUCUAGAAGUCACAGAUUUCUGCAGCGAGGUCAGUAGUCGAAACCAUCGUUGGCAGUGUACAUGGCAGUAUGCCGGCCGGCCCAUCACCACCUAAUUGUGCUCUACCAAUAAAGCGCUGCCUGUAGGAAACAUCGCACCGUGGACAUUUCGCUAAUUAGCAGAUGCAGAAAUGAAAGCAAGUUAACUUUUUUUCUGGCGUUCUCGUUUGCCCACCGAACCCGAUGGAGGAAAGUUUGGCUUGCGCCCAUGGUGUGGUGAAGAGCGUAUUUCCCUCGCUGUUCCCAGUGUAGUAUUGCGCUGCAUCCUCCGUGAAGUGUACACAUAUUAGAACCCAAGGAUUGAAACACAGGGUGCAGUGGUGAAUGUGGUACGAAAAUACGUAAAGUGCCUGCAACACGGAUGAAAAUUGAGAUUAUGUCGUCAUCACCUUGAAUGAAGGUAGAACCGACCCGACCCGGCUAGGUCACGAAAGUCGCAGUAAGGAUCACCGUACGCUGUUGUAGGCUGUGUCUUCAUCAUUGUUUUUUUGUGUGUGUCAACCAACACGGCGCUUGUGUUUAGCCGUACCGUGUUCUUUCCACAAAGUCUCGUCACACUCGAGUGUUGUAAGUGAUUGUGCGUCUUGUGCAACCGUGGUACGUCGGUUUUUCGUCGUUAGGUGUAUCUGUGUGUGUGUGUAAUCACGUUACAAAUCGGGACGAAUCCGUUCAACGAUCUCUACCGCCAGCAUCCGAAAGAACAUUUCCUCUUAAAGAGGUGGAAGAUGCAUUGGUGCCGUUGCCAUAGCUGUUGCAUCUGGUGUUCUGCGAUCGUCAGCCUAUACGUUCUUCUGUAGACUGUGUAUAAAUGCGCGUGUAAAAACAAUCGACGACUUACAGAAGACAACUACAGUGCCCGGAAGAUACCGCCGUAAGUCACUACUAUCAUAUUGGCAGUCAUCGUGGUCAGUGGCGGAGACAAGUGUAUGUUCCAUUGUAGUCCAGCGAGAAAUGGUGAUCAAAAACCAAAACUAAAGCCAACGCCGCUCAGGAGACGAAAGAAGUGGACGACAUUAGGAAGUAGGUAGAGGAAGACGGUAGUAAGGAUUCAUCGUGGCCGAAGCGCACAGCGUGAAAGGAAAAUUACGUUCGAUUUACUAACAGCGAAACCAGCUGUCGACAUACAGUGUUUGUGCACUGCUCUAGCAGUAGGCUAGUGUUUUUUUCUUCUGUCCGUUUCGGUUUCCAGCUCUAUCUCAGUGUUGUUUGUGGCUUACGGUAAUAGCCCCGUGCUAGUUCGUUGUUAUCAUCGUCUGGUUCAGCCGAAGUUGGUAGAAGUUGUUUUCAGUGGUGGUAAGUAAAACCAAAAAAACAAACAAUCUUGUACACCAAAGCAGAGUAAACGAUAGGCAAAGGAGCAAUCAAAACACUAUAAAACCACCAUACAACAAGCAAUAAACUCCAAAAACAUCACACGAUACAGCGGUGAUUCCAGUAUCUGCUCCUACAUCAACCUACAAAUAAAUAGAAACAAAACCGCAUCGGAAAGUCGACGAUCGAGAAAAUGUAACGCAUCCAAAACGAGCCAGCACCGCACCUAUGCAGAAACAAACUGUGGUGCGCUACACCUACUGCUUUGAAUAGAGCAAACAAUUGUGGUUGACGGAAGUGUAUACCGAUCGUCACGUGUCCAUAUCGUAGAAAGAAGGUGCUGCGGGAAGCUUUGAAUGAAUAGAGGCGAUGGGAAUAAAGGCGAGCACCGCGAAUGGAGGGCAACAGAGUCCUAGAACUCGUACCUUCUCCACCAGCAGCAGCAGUGAGGUGGUAUCCGGCUCUACAGGUGCGCCAUACGAAAUAUCGUCAGCUAGUCCCGAUCCCGAUAGUAGCUCGGCAGAAGAGAAUGCCGCCGCUAGCGCUUCACUUGCUUUGGGCAGAGUGUAUGCCACAUCACUACCUACUCACAUAUGGUCAUUAAACGGUAUAAAGUGUCCAGUAUGUAGCAAAUUCGUGAUGCCUGACGACAUUGAAUGUCACCUAGUAAUGUGCCUAACAAAGCCCCGUUUAUCGUAUAAUGAGGAUUGCUUAGCGGAUGCGAAAGGUGAAUGUGUUAUUUGCCUAGAAGAUCUGUGUCCUGGUGAUAUCAUUGCUAGACUACCGUGUUUGUGUAUCUAUCACAAAGGAUGCAUCGACAAAUGGUUCGAAGUCAAUCGCAGUUGUCCUGAGCAUCCUGGUGAUUAGUGGCAUUCCACCUCAGCCGAAGAGUGUAAGAGUCUUUGAAUAAAUGCAGCAAACCGUGCGGCUCGCUCUUGCAGUAUGAUUCCUUCGGUAAUGUACUAAUAGCCAAUUUAAGGACAAACUGUCAACGUUUCACAUCGAACUAUGCUGUAAUGGUAUGGAUGGAAAUUCAAUUACUAAUCGAGCGUGCCGUGACAGAGAUUCAGACCGCCAGCAAAUGGCUUUUAUGAAGGUUUCACAUAUUUUUCGUGUUUUAUUCGUUUCGCAAGAUUGUUUCCAUAUUUCUACGUUUUUUUACGAAAUGGUUGAAUAAUAAUAACGAAAUCGUUAACCAAUUUGAUGAAUGCAAAAUAAAUCAAUUCUGAACUUUUAGUACCCACAUAUUGUCACAUGAUUAUUUACCCCAGUUUAACGUAACUGUUGAAACUCCGUUGAAAUGAAAAAAAAGUUAAUUGAACUACACUUUUGUUUCAUUUUAAAUUACUACAUUUUAACGGAUGUUUGAGUAUUUGAGUAUUGUGGAUAGUUUAAAGGAAGAUAACGCCCUUGCUUUCUCUUAAACUACGUUAAUCUGCAUAGUAUGUUCUUGUGACGGACGAUCGUAAUGUAAAACCAAAUAAACACUCGUCCGUCUUUGGUUAAUUAAUCGAUAUCAAUUUGUGAAAUUGCUAGACGAAUUCAUGAAAUUAAGGAACGAACGAGACAAAUUUGAUUUAUACUUAAAUCGAGGAAACGCACGUUUAUAUUCUGUAAGAAGGGUUGAAUAUGGUUUGAACACAGACAUACACUAAAGAACAAAGUAAAACUGCGACACACCGAAUAGCUAGAAACAACACCCGAACAACUGUAAAUAAAAUGGUUGAAAACACAUAAUUCAAUAGUGAUACUGUAUAACAAACAAAGGCAAGAAGCAAUGUCACGAAAUGCAUCUCGAGAAACCGGUCGGUCGAAUUUAUUAUAAGCAAAACAAUCUCACAAUAAGGUGCACUAUUCGUUAGCCGACCAUCGUUGCGAGUAGCUUAUAGUCCAAGAACAUGUGAAUAGAAAUGAUUGAGAAUGCAUAAGCUGUGACAAUUGUUGUAUAUAACCAGUGGAGAUGUAUACUGUAAAAAACAUAAGUGAUGGUGCUAAAGCGUAAUUUCAGCAUCCGUUAAAGAUUGUGAAGAACAACAAAAAGUCUUAAUUGGUGUAUUGCUGAUCGAUAGCGACAACAAGGCAGGGCUUUGCUAACCAUUUACCCUCAGUAACUAGCUGUAAUCGUGCAGUACACCGCCAAAAACAGAAUAACGUAAGAGCAUCCAUUGCGAUGCCAAUCAAACGUGGGGGCGCUGAUUGAAAGCAUAUUCUAGAAAAUAUAAAAGGAAAUAAUAGCUUUAGACAAAACAAAACAAAAAGGGACCCGUUGCUUGUAAUAGUCAACGUAGAAAACAAUUGAUCGAGAAACAUGCAAAAGAUGAAUGCGGUUCUUAUGUGUAAGAUUAAUGAAAGCAAAAUCUCCGUGUCAACUUAUAGUUUCGACGAGCGCAUAGCCACAUCGCUAGAUUUGUUCAAAAUCACUAAUCCAUUCGGCGAGUUAUAGAAACGGCGAAAAUGUGGGAAAUUUGUGUGAUGACCAUCAAAAAAAUAAUUUAAUCCAAAUAUAAAUAUUAUUUUUGGUAUUGUUUGAUUGUGCGAAGUAUUGCGAUGAGUAGAAAUUAGCCUUGUUUUAGAAGAAAACUCGUGAAAAUAAAAAAACGUCAGUGAAAAGCGAAUAAAGCAAGGAAAAGAUGAAAAUAGCAAGAGAACAAAAAAGAUCUUGCAAGAGAGCUGUAAAUACACCUAUCAUCGACACCUAUUUUAGCUACCAACAAAGGAAAUAGAAUUGUUAGCUUUACAUAGAUACUCUGCUUUUCCAUCUUCAAGCAAAAGCAAAACAGCAAAACAAAAAAAACCUUUAACACCAUUAAUUUGAAUUCCUAAUUUCGGAGCAAAAAGCGUUAAGGAAACAUUUUUUUUACAAAAAUUACAAAUCCCGUUUCUUGGGAUCCCCAAAAUAACAAAUAUCUACGGGGCACAUUUCUUGUACCGGUUACAUAUUUUGUGGUUGCGUCACAAACACUUUCGUUAUCAGUGCUGUUAGUUGAUACAUUUUAUUCGUAAGUAUUAAGUCAAGCGAUAAGUGCAGUGAUCGUGCAAAGCCACAUACAGUUUGAACGACACCAUUCAGCAGUAAAUGUGUGUUGCUGGAAGCAUGAGCAAAGUGACCAAUAAUACUAGGCUUAACAGAACAGCUACCUUAGUCACUAAUGUUCGCCUCUCACACAUAUUCACUUAUUCCUACUUUACCCUUUCUGUUAUUAAAUAUGUAUGUAUUUGUCCUUGUUUCUUCCUCGUUGGCAAGCCAAUGCUCCAGUCGAAGUUUAAAUAUUCAUUAAUUCUUUAUUAGCUUCACGGCGUAUUCAAUUGAUUUCAUGUUUCACAUAUGUUUGAAGUCAGUUUUUACAAGGUUUUUUACUACAAGCAGAGAUGAUGACUGCGAACGUAGUAAUGAUGUGUUAGCUCAAACGAUCAGACAGAAAAUAUAUGCAUGCAAGGUUUACAUCGCGAGGCCAUGCAUAUUAGGAAAAAUCAAUCAACUGCAGCCUAUCGUAUAUAAUGUGUCACAUACAGUGAAUAUCAAAAAGAUAAAACUUUUAAACGAAUCAAGUGACAACGAAAUAAUACAACAGCGAUGGCGAAAAAAAAUAUAGCAUAUUGGAUUUAUUUAUUUUCAAUUCAAAUCAUUUUUAAUUACCUCAGCAUUCAGCAGAUACACAAGGAAUAAGAAUCAAGAAAGGGACAAAAGUAAAAUGAUUGCAUUACUGUAAUCGACAUAAAAUUAAAUAUACAUAUAAAAGAGAUAAUAACAAAAAUAUUAGCUAUACACGAGGGUAAAACAAUAGCUAUGACAUUGAUAGGGUUUAUUAAUAUGAUGGAGUGAAAAUGAAUCGUGAGACGAAAAAAAUCUUUAUAUCAACAAUUCUUAUAACGAGUCAUAGGACGGUGAGGCUAAAAUACAUUCAUGCUCCUAAAACAAUGUGGGAUGUGGGACAUAGAAUGUGUUAGAGUAAUGCGGAAGGCGCAACAAAAAUGUACUAGAAACAAAAAAAGAAAUUGUGUCCAAGGAUGCGGAAGAAAAUGUGUGACGAAAUCUUAAUCUGUGAUUACUAUUGAGACAAUUUAAAAACAUCCAUACUACGUUCGUAAACUUUUUGUUUAACGUCAACAUCAAAUUGAAAUUGAUGUUUUGAACUUUUUCAAAUAUCUAUUAAUAACUAUCUCGUAUACCUUGUUCAAUAUUGAAAAACCAAAAUAAUUAUGUUCAACUAGUGACUCAGUUUGCACUUAUUUUGUUGAGUGAUCGCUCCGUAAUUUGUUUUAGUUUUCCGGUAUACCGUGCUUGUCAAAUCCUUGCUAUUAAUUAUCCAAUUUGGUAAAAAAAUAAACUGGCAACAAACACACACAUUAUAUUAAAAUAUUAGUGGUUGAAAAUUGAAAAAUGGUGCAAAAUGUGAGACUACUGGAGCAGUAUUGGUUGGAAAAUAGGAAUUUGAAUGAACAAAAUUAAAAACAAGGUAGCAUGACGCAGGAUGAAAACGAGAUCAUUAGUGUCGUCGUCAAACUGCAAUGAUAAAAAUUAAAAUAUUGUGUAGCGAAAUGGAAAUCGCAGAGAAUAAAAAAAACAUCAAUUAUCCAUCUAUGUAUAUGUAUGUGAGCAUAUAAAAGUUUUACCCGUAAAAGAAAAUAAAAG